AUGACAUCAGAGGAUCUCUUAAACACCUUAGAUGAUUUGGGAGAUGGAGAGUUCAAAAAAUUCAAGUGGUUCCUACAGCAGGCCGACGUCGUUCAAGGCCUCCCGACCAUCAAGAAAAGCAGACUAGAGAUGACAAACAGGUGGGACACUGUGGACCUGAUGGUGCAGACCUACAGACUUCCUGGAGCUGUGAAGGUGACCAGGAAGGUUUUAGAGCGGAUCAGCAGGAAUGACCUGCUGCUCAGUUUGUCUGCCAGCAGGUCCAGACCAGAAGAGGAGAUCCAACAGUAUCUAAGUUCAGGAAGCCUCUCCACAUAUGAACUUUCUCCAGCUCAGUGGUCAGCAUUGGUCUUCAUUUUACUGUCAUCAGAAGAAGAUCUGCAUGUUUUUGACCUGAAGAAGUACUCUGCUUCAGAGGAGGCUCUUCUGAGGCUUUUGCUAGUGGUCAAAGCCUCAAAAACAGCUCUGCUGAGCAGCUGCAAUUUGUCAGAAAGAACCUGUGAAGCUCUGUCUUCGGUACUAAGCUCACAGAUCUCCAGUCUGACAGAGCUGGACCUGAGUAACAAUGACCUGAAGGAUUUGGGAGUGAUGCUGCUAUCGUCUGGAUUGGAAAGUCCACACUGUGCACUGAACAUUCUCAGGCUGUCAGGCUGUCAGAUCUCAGAGGAAGGCUGUAUCUGUUUGGCCUCAGCUCUGAAAUCCAACCCCUCACGCUUGAGAGAGCUGGACCUGAGCUACAACCAUCCAGGAGACCUAGGGGUGAAGCUACUGACUGCCGGACUAAAGGAUCCACAGUGGAGACUGGACAGUCUCAGCCUGGAGCAUAGUGGAGCGCAAAGGCUGAAACCUGGUCUGAAAAAGUAUUUCUGUGAACUUGCACUGGAUGCAAACACAGCAAACAGGAAACUCAAACUGUCAGGCAACAACAGGCAGGUGACGGCAGUGACAGAGAAGCAGCCUUAUUCUGUUCAUCCAGAGAGGUUUGACGUCUGGCUUCAGCUGCUAUGUACCACUGGGCUGACUGGUCGCUGUUACUGGGAGGUCGAGUGGAAAGGGUUUGUUUUUAUAGCAGUGAGUUACAGGAGCGUCAGAAGGAGAGGAAACAGUUAUGACUGCAGGUUUGGAGGGAAUGAUCACUCCUGGAGUCUGAGGUGUGCUGAAGAGGAAAGUUUCUCGGUUUGGCACAAUAACAGAGAAACAGCCAUCCCCUCCUCUUCCUCUUCCUCUGCCUCUCACAGAGUAGCGGUGUAUGUGGAUUGGCCUGCUGGUACUCUGACCUUCUACAGAAUUUCUUCCGGCUCACCAAUCCAUCUUUACACCUUCCACACCACCUUCAGCAAACCGCUGUACCCUGGGUUCUGGUUAGUGUCCCAUGGCUCUUCAGUGUCCCUCUGCUCACUGUAGCAGGUGCGGCUGCUGGCAGAAAGGUUUUGAUUUUGAGUGUUGAACAUAUGAAGUAUGUGUGGGGAGGGUCUAACAGCUGGCAGAGUGUUAAUACAGUCAUGUGACGUUCUGCUUGUAUAAUAAAACCUGUACUUUGUUUUAUAAAUACUGUAAACAUCAAAAGUUGCUCUUUUUAAAAUCAGUU